GGCUUUUUCAAACUUUCCGCGGCGGUCACACUGCUGCUAAAGAGAAAAUUGAGGGAAUAUAAAUAACUUUUAAGCGAUAAACAAGACGAUUUGAGGAUUAAUAUCUCACAGCAAGGACACAUCGAAAUGGAUCGCAAUAACGGACGCUACCCCUACAAUAUACGGCGACAGAACAGCGGCGGCGGCGGCCACAAUGCUCUCCACAGCUACCACCACCACCAUCACAGCAACAACAACAACAACGUCGGCUCAUCCUCGUCACCGGCGGGGGCGACGUCCAGUGCAUCUGGCUAUAGCAAUCACAGUGCCGGCAACUCACCCUCAUCGCUGGGCGGGCACAGCAGCAGUAGCAGCAACAACAGUAAUGCCGGUGCAACCUAUGGCCAAGGUGCCGCCCAGAGCCAGAAUCUGCCGCUAUCUCAGCAUGACGAGCUGAUCCGGUACAUCCAUGAGGCCUGGAACAAGGUUAAGGAGCAGGGCCCACCUGUGAUCUACUGCAACGAAUCUGAUAAUCAGCUGAAAAACUUCAAGCCAUUCGAUCUGGAGGAGUACUGGGGCCAGCGCCUGAUCCAGAACAUUCACGUGACGCCCACACAGGCCGGGGGACACCAGUAGGCCGGAUGAAAAUGGGAAUCUUACAGACGGACUACGGCAUGUGCUUCAUGUGCUAACAAUUAAUUAAAUUAUAUACACAAAACGGGAGGGGUGCCAAUUUCCCCAUGAUUUUGACUACUUUCCAUGUGAUUGGAAUUUACACUUUUUAUUUUUGUGCGCCUUUGCUUUGGACUAUUAAAUUUGAAAAAAAUUUGUAUAAAAAAGAGAAUCCACUGCCAGCUGAAAGGCAAAUGAUACAUGCAAUAAAUAAAAUUAUUGGCUGACUUUCUCUCCCCCCCAAUGGCACCCCUAAUUUAGCAUGCUGUCUGCAUUUAAGUGUUGUGCAUUAAGCGCGCUUUAAAUUUUGACCAGAACAACAACAAUAAACAAAUUUUAGAGCGUAGAAAAA